AUAUAUAUAUAUAAUUAUAUAGAACACUCAUAAUUUAAAUUAAAGGAUUAGAUAUGGUUGUUGCUGAAAGUAUGGCAAAAUCAAAAGUAAAUGUUUCAGUGGACACAGAUUCUUCCAGUGGUAGAGAAGAAUCUGACUCUGAAUAUGAAGCCGAAUUAUCAGACACAAAGGGUGAAAGUGCAGAUGAAGAAGAAACUUCCAAUAAUGGCGUUUUAAUUAAAAAUGAGGGUUGGGCAGAUUCCCUUGCUAAAAUUCUAGGCUCAAAAAAGCCAAAGAACAAAAAAACACUAGUUUUAUCAAGGGCUAAAAAACAUUCAGAUAUUAUCAAACAAGUAAAGGAGGAAAAACCAACAUUUGAAGUUGUUGGAGAAAAGGCAGAGGACAUUAAAUCAGAGCUCAAACAAGAAAAAUUGAUCACUGAAGAACCUGUAGCAAAGAAAAGGAAACAUGAAAAAUCAUCAGUAAGAAUUAAACCAAAUGUAUUAGAAAAAGAUAGGGAAAGAUUAUUAACAAAAAUUGCUACCAAAGGUGUUGUGCAAUUAUUCAAUGCAGUUAGAAAUCAACAGAAAUCUUUUGAAAAGGAUCUAAGCAAUGAUGUGACAGAAACCAAAAAGGAAAAAAUACUAAAGAAAUUUGAUAAGAGGACGUUCUUAGAUACCCUAAUGGGUCAAACAAAAUCAGUUAUUGUAGAUGAAAAUACAAAAACACUUAAGGAUGAAGUUAAAGCGGAAGACACACCUAAAUGGAAUGCAUUAAGGGACGAUUUCAUGAUGGGAGCAAAAAUGAAAGAUUGGGACAAAGAAUCAGUGGAUGAAUAAAAAACUACCCUUAA